GUCCAUGGAAGAUUCUUCCGGCUCACACUUCUCUAGCUCUUCAGACCUUCAACCUCGUUUACCGAGCCGACAUAAAAAAAACACCGCGUAUUCUGCUCCAGUUUACCGCUCGUCUAGAAUGCCGUAAAAAUACCGUAAGCCAUCGCGAAAUAUUUCGAACGGUGAUAAUUUUUUCUUCAAAUUAUGCAACAGUGACGAUUGAGAUGAAAUGUAGUGAAUAUUGUUCACAAAUAUUUAUCCAGUUGUAAGUAAAAGUGAUUUUUGUGUUUAUAUUUUUGCCAUGACGAUGGAAACGUGUUUAACAAACGCGAAAUAUUGCCUGAAGGCUAAGAACAGUGUGGCCAGCAAGAAGAAAAGGUGCGAUAAAAAAGUCAAGGAAAUUCGAAAACAGGACGAGCACAAGUACAAAAACAGGUGGAGAAAUCUGGAAGAUAUGGAACAAUAUCUGCUCUAUAUUGGCGGAGGUGCAGGGGCAUUAGCCCUUACGGGAGUGGCAGCAGCUUCUGCCUAUUACCUGACCAACGUGCCAGCCCCACAGAAACCACUGUUCCCCUUAGACGCCCAAUGUAUAGAAGAGCAAGAGGGUCCAGACUUGAUUCGAGUCUCGAGGUUUUACAAAGAAGCAAAAGAAGGAAAGUUCAUCAGCUAUGUAUAUCCGGACGCAAAAACGUUGUACGAAUCAUUCAGAAGAGGUUCCAAAGUAUCAAAUAAUGGACCAUGCUUAGGAUGGCGAGAGUCGUACUCAAAACCAUACCAAUGGCUCAAUUAUAACGAAGCUCUUCUCAGAGCUAAGAAUUUCGGUUCCGGACUAGUAACCGGUGGUUUGGCACCUGGUCCCAAUACCAUUUUAGGCAUCUAUUCUCAGAAUUGUCCCGAAUGGAUUCUCACAGAGCAGGCUGCAUAUUGUUACAGCAUGGUGUUGGUACCUUUAUACGACACUCUUGGUCCGGACGCGUGUGCCUUCAUCAUAAAACAAGCUGAAAUCAAUACAGUAGUUUGUGAAGACGAUGCAAAAUGUAAUUUGAUGCUCGAGAAGUCUCCUAGGUGUUUAAAAAAACUCAUUGUCAUUAAGGAGGUUAGACCGGCGACGAAGCAACGGGCGAAAAAUCGUGGUGUGGAGAUCAUCAAGUUUGGCGACGUGGAAGUGAUGGGGGCCAAAACGAACCAUCCAGAAGUGCCACCAAAACCGUCAGAUUUAGCAACAAUAUGUUAUACCAGCGGAACGACAGGAAAUCCCAAGGGUGUGAUGUUGACUCACGAGAAUAUAGUGGCUGCUAAUAGUGCUGUACAAAUGCAGUUCGGAGACCACAAACUCAGAAGUUCCGAUAUCAUGAUCUCGUUUCUACCUUUGGCGCACAUGUUGGAAAGGUGUUGUGAGAAUGCAAUGUAUUGUGUGGGUGGUGCUGUAGGAUUCUUUUCGGGUGACGUAAGAAGGCUGUCUGACGAUAUGAAAGCUCUGAAACCGACCGUUACUCCUGCAGUUCCAAGGCUUCUCAACAGGAUAUAUGAUAAAGUUCAAUCAGACAUUAAUGGAAGUUGCAUCAAGAAAAUGCUCUUCAAUAUGGCAAUAGGUUCGAAAGAAAAAGAGGUUAAAAGGGGCAUAGUGCGGACGAACAGUUUCUGGGACAUGUUGGUCUUCAGGAAGGUCCAAGAAGGUAUGGGAGGAAAACUUAGAUUAAUGUUGGUUGGUUCGGCUCCCCUGUCUGAACAUGUGCUGAAUUUCAUCAGGUGUGCCUUAGGAUGUGUGGUUGUUGAAGGCUAUGGUCAAACGGAAUGUACUGCACCCAUCACUCUAACAAUCCAAGGGGACCACGUACCCGGCCAUGUUGGCCCACCUGUCGCAUGUUGUUGCGUCAAACUAGUGGACGUACCAGAGAUGGAGUACUGGUCGAAGAAUAACCAAGGGGAAGUCUGUGUCAAAGGAACCAACGUCUUUCAAGGAUACUAUAAGGAUGCUGAAAAGACAGAAGAGGUGAUAGAUGAUCAGGGGUGGCACCAUACUGGAGACGUAGGAAUGUGGCAACCUAAUGGUACCCUGAAAAUAAUUGACAGAAGAAAGCAUAUAUUCAAAUUGUCACAAGGUGAAUACAUCGUACCGGAAAAAAUAGAAAAUAUUUACAUUCGUUCGCAGUAUGUUAGCCAAGUGUUUGUACAUGGAGAAUCAUUAAAAUCUUCUAUAGUAGCGAUAGUAGUGCCAGACGUAAAUGUGAUAAAAUGCUGGGCCCAUGAAAAUGGCAUCCCAGGUACUCUCAGCGUGCUGUGUAAUAAUUCCGAGGUUAAACAACUCAUCAUGGACGACAUGAUUUCGUGGGGAAAAGAAGCUGGACUCAAAUCAUUCGAGCAAGUUAAAGAUAUUUACCUGCAUCCGGACAACUUCAGCAUUCAAAAUGGGCUUUUAACGCCAACGAUGAAAACCAAACGUCCACAAAUCAGGGCUUAUUUCAAGCCCCAACUAGACGAUAUGUGCAGUAGACUUACAUAAACUGUUUAUAGUCGACAUUCAAAAUAAUGUAAACGAAAGUUAGAAUAGUCAUUGAAGCACUUGUUCUUGCGAUAUUUUCUAUAAAUGCAAUGAGAUUAUUCAUUAGGAGAUGUACUUAGCAAGCCCAGCAAUACUGUAUGUUAUGGCAUAUCUCAAUUUUUAUAUUUGUGGUUCCUUUCUCCUGCAGCAUAUUAGAUUGUUGAAAUUCAGUAUUGAUUGAACUGUUAAGAAUGCUCGUGCUCAAGAUUUUAGAUGUAAGUCGCCUUACAAGGAGUUAGAAAUACAAUUAAUACAUUGAAACAAGUCCCAGUCAAACGUUUGGUUGAAGAGUAUGACACUGUAUGAGACUGGGAAAAAAUUUCAAUGAAAAUAAGAUUCGACAACUUGAAAAGUUAUAAUAAGCUAAAUAAGUUAACUUUAUUGAAAAUAAUUGACGGUAUAAAAAUUGAAGCCCAAUUUCAGUUUCAACCUAAUAAAUAUAUAUAAGUAAAUAAAUAUCUCAAAGUAUUCAUCUCUCCCAACUACAUACACCGUAGGUUCUGGUAAAUGCCUGCCGGAAGACAACUACUUUCCCGACUAAUAUCACGCUGGAUUUUGAUCUUUAUCAGACAGAUAUUGAGAGAGCGAAAUGUUUAUUCAUUUGAGGUUGUAACGGUAUAUGUUAUAUAGAUAUAAUGAUAUACGGGGGGCCCUGUUAUAGGCUCAUGCCUCUUCAGGGUAACAGAUAUUUAUGCAAGAUACCUCACCAGGGUUAGUCUCUAAGAAGUUUCUCGUUCAUCUAGCAGUAGGACCAUGCUGAAUUUAUUCGAGUAGACCACCUGCAGACCGCGGUUUCGAGGUAUUAUCUCUCAUCAGUGCAGGAAAGAUCCGGCCCACAUAGCAAAGUACCUGGGACUGAAUCAAUUUCAACGCGGCUCAACUGCAUAUAUAUCAAACCCUUGGAAGAGAGAAAGAUUGUUAACAAGUAACAAAUCCAUCUCGCGAACGAAGCCCCAAGAGGGCAAGAAACACCCCGUGUACCAAUACUCUAACAGAUAUCAAAACGUGUCUGAAUGAAUGAUGAAUAUUUUGAGAUUUCAUUUCAAAAUAUUUAUUUUCUUCAUAGGUAUGUAUCUCUUCUCGAUACAGUCUUCAGACACAUUACUAAUUAGAAAUUAUAGUAUUUUUCAGGGUAAAAUUUUCGAAUGCUAUGAAAUUUGUAACCAUCAUAUUUAUAUAGAAAAAUAAAUAGCUCUCACUCAAA